AUGAGUGAAUCUACUAAUCCACUUCAAGAUCUUCUUGACUUCAAGUAUACUACUGCCAUCUAUCAAAUCAUGCUUUCUAAUGAGGAUUAUGAAAUUGAUAUUUCAGAUAAUUUACAAGCUUUCGAGAAAUAUCAAACAUCUCAACAACAGUUAUUAGAUUACUUAGAUGAAGAUACAGAAGAAGUUAAAAAGAGUGUUUCAGAUAUGACUGCAAAAUUAGAUCCCAAUAAUAUUAUCAAAGAUCCUAAGAAAAUCAUAUCCAUUUGGAAUAGAUUACAUAGAAUUGAUCUAUACAGUCCAUUAGAGUUUAAAGCUGAUGAACUCAACUUGGUAAUUCCUGGUUUUGAAAAUGAAAUAUAUAAAUUACAUUCCGGUUCUAAUUUCUUGUAUGCAGCAUUCCAAAUUAUGUUUCGUCUUUCAUUAUCUCCAAGGUCUCUUUUAGGAAGAGAGUUAUCGCCAACUAUAGAACCUAUUGAUCAACAACAAGAAGUUAAUCUUCCACUUUCAGAAGGUCAAUCUGAUGAUCAAUCAAAUAGACAUCAAACUACGGAAAGUAGUAAUGCAAGACAAGGUUCUGCAGGAAGAUCGGGUGGUCAAAUUAAGCCAUCAGAGCAAAGUUUAAUUAAACUUCAUACAAGAAACAAUAUGCUCAGUGGCUAUAUCGGGCUUUAUUUUCCAGUUUCGGAUAAUAGUAAGUUAGAAUUUACACUUCAAACGAUACUGUUUAGACAAAUCAAAAAGGCGGCUCAAAUUGGAAUGUCUGAUCCACUAAGUGUGGAAAUAAAAGAUAAAAAUGAGAAAUCCAAUGUCAAGUUCUUCCUCAUGAAUGUAUUAGAUCCUACUAUACGUUUCUUACGUAAAAUACUAUCUACAGACGUUGACCAAGAAGAGAAAAUCGAUUUAACCAUCAAAGAUUUGUCCUUCCAGAUUAUUCCCGACAUCAUAAUAAGUUUAGCAAAGGAAGGUAGGAGAAUUAGAAUCCCUAUAGAGUUAAAGGAUAAUAUACAAGUUACGUAUGAAAGGUUUAAUGAAAUUAAUAUCCUUAAUAAGAGAAAUAUACCUUUCAUUUAUGACAUUAGUCAAUUAUUUCGAGAAUGUGUUGCUCUAAACCAUAGGGCUGGUUUUUUAUCAGACGCUAUAAAUACUUAUUACAUCCAAUUCACUCUUCCGCAUCAUCUCGAUGUUUUAGGAAAUAUUGGACCUUAUCAAGUUUAUCGAAUUCCUUAUAAUCUAACGGUGGUUAGACUGAAUAAAGAGUUUAUUCAAUGUUUGCUUACAAGUUAUUACUUACCUAAUUCAUCAAUUCAAGAUUACAUGUUGGGCAAAGGUCUUUUUGAUAAGCUUCAAUACAUAUUGGUAGGUGAAUCGUUUGUGACUCAGUUUCAUAACGACUUGAAAGGUAUAAUUACCGAUCUCAAUAAAACAAAAGGCAUUAGAACUAGAAGUCACACUCGAGGUUAUGGCUAUGUGAAUACCGACUUACAAUCUAGUCAAGUGGUUGCUGAUCCUUCAACAAGUUUCAAACAAAGCAAUGCAGAAUUAUUACUAAAAACAAAAGAGAUUUAUGAUGUAAGGUUUCAUUUUGAAACCUUAGGUGGAUUAUUUGGUAAAAUAAAAAUACUAGAAGUAUUUGGAGGAAUGAAACAAGAUUCUAAUAAUGCUGUUGUGCUCAAGGUUCUUUAUAAGAAAUCACAUUGUAUCGUUAAGAUUUAUGAUCCUAACUAUUCUAAGUCACUAAUUAGACAGGGAUAUCGUUAUCAUGAUACAAUGAAUGAAUGUACUCGUUCUUUCGUAAAAGAGUGUGGUGCUUACCAUUUACUCCAGCAAGAAAGUUUCAUUCCAAAGGUGUUCGAAGUAGGAACUUUGACUAGUGGGAAGGGUAGCUUUAUGCAAAAAUUUCCUUUCGAUGAAAUACUUGAUAAAAAGAAGCUAAAUUUACAAGGCUAUUAUAUUAUCCUUCAGUUUAUAGAAGCAAAGACUCUUGGAGAGCUUGACUCUAGAAGAAGGCUUUUUUGCAGCGAUGUCAUUAAGGAAAAAUUGGCCAUAAUCCAUUCCCAUGAAGUUUCCCAUGGGGAUAUUUAUAAAAACAAUAUUCUCGUUGAAGAUCGUUUUAAAAAUGGUACACUUUACGUUGAUAAAAAGUUAAUAAAAGUAUACUACAUUGAUUUCGGAUCAUCACGAAUCUCCAAAAAGAGAGAAGAGGGUAAGAAAGUAGCAAUUGCUACAAGUUUGGAAGGAAUUAAAAAAGCUCAGGAAAGAGAUGUUGUGCUACUUAAUAAACUACUUGGGAUAGAAUAUGAUUCACGUAAAAGACAUGCAGAAGAAAUGAAUUCAAGUAACCUAAAUCCAAUAGAGGAAUAG